CAUGUAAACAAGCAGACGUAUGGGGCUGCCUCUCUCGACCAGCCAGUCUUGUGCUGUACUGCUGCCAGUGGGGAACACUCACCUGCCGUGGCUUGUCUCAAGGAUAGUCUAAGCCUCAGAACGGGCAUGGGAACCGCUGGCAACAUGACAAGAGACAGCAGCAACAGCAACCACCACCACCACCACCACCACCCCGGCGCAGGGCAUAGCGAGGCAGACAUCCUUGCCCUCAGAGACAUUCUCCUCAACGCCCUCCAGACUGGGUGUGCCAACCUGACCGAGGCAGUGGCGGGGGAGGUUCAUAACUUGCUGCGGCCUAACACCACCAAGGGACCCCCAGAGGAAAAGGCAGAGGAUGCCCUGGCGGUGCUGUACAUCAUAUUCGUGCUGCUCUUUUUCGCGGCUUCCCUCCUCGUUCUCCUCGUCAAGUACCUCAGGAGGGAGCGAGAGUCAACGCGGCUGCAGAAGUUUUACGAAGACUACCUCGGCAGCAGACAGCCAAGCUUGGUGGUUCACUACGACACCAACGGCCGCCGCCUCCAGACCCCGACGACCCCCGACUCCCUGCACCCGACGCCCACCUGGACCCCCUCCCUUACGCCCCCCACCACGCCCAUCGACGCCGUCUCCCUCACGCUCCCCAGAGAAGUUUUGGAGCACGAGUUUUAGUGAAGACUACCACGUGCUGUCAAGUUUAUGUCUGCAAAUAGAACUGUCAAAAGAAAUGACUUGCACGCGUUGUUAAGUUGAUCUUUAUAUAUCAAAUAAUGACAAAUAGUAUCAAUAUGCUUUCCGCCUCACGAGAGGUUAAUGAGUGGCGACUUUGGUCAUUUUCCCCGAUGCCCUUGUGGUGGGCUGUCUUGCCUCGACCAUGAUCGCGAGAGUAGGAGCACCAGUGACUUCCCGGUGUGUUUCUUGUGUUGGAUCCUCUGUGUGUAUUCUUGUGUGUUGCUUGAGUCUUGCGGUUAUGUGUGGAACUCUUGAAACUUUUGCUUGGGGUACAUGCACACAUGCUGGCUAAAGCGACGCCCAUUUAUACUGGCUGAGGGGAAAGCUGUGUGCUUUUAUUGUUCAGAUCAACAUUUCCGUAAUAUAUUUUGAUUUUUUUUCUAUAAAACCUUGAACAUAGGAGGAUGUGGCAUCCUAUACACAAAUAAAAAAAAUCACCUCAUCAGUGGUUGCACAUGCAGGAAGAAGAAAAAUAAAGGUAACAUUCCC